GAGGCAGAAGUUCCUGCUCAGAGCGCGUUGGGGAUUUCCCCGCAGCAGAGCAGGAAGUUUAACACCUGCGUCAGAGUUUCGGAGAAAAAGGCUGUUCUUUUCACUUUGUUUUUGCUGCUCUGGCUAAAAUGGCAGCAGUGAGGCUGACUCCGGAAUGGCUGAUAAACAUGGAAUUGAUUUUAAUGCUGCUGUUCUCACUGGGAGUGAUGGGCUCGUCGUCUAUCAGCAUUAUAUCUCAGCACACGAAGCUGAAAUGCUCUCGACAGGAUCUGGACUGUAAAGCCAGUUACAGUAACUGUAUGGACUCUGGGUGGCUGAUCAGUCACAAGUACACCCCCAGCGAUCCAGACGACCUGCAAGUUGCUAUAGAAACCAGGAUAGACAAAACAGGGAAUCUGCAGCCUGUCCUUCAGGCUAACUGGACUUUAAAGGAUGAUGGUAGCAUAAGUUACCUGAAUGCCACUGAGCUUCAUGUUCUUCGGAUGUCCACUAAUGAGCAACGCUGUAUUCGAUACUCCUUCAGAAAACGUCUCGACAUGAGAAGCCCAUCAAGAGAGAAAUGGCGGUUCUCCUCUGAUGUUCUGGUGCUGAAUCCUGGUGAGAAGUAUUAUGCGUCUGUCUAUAACAUCCCCAGACCAGAGCAAGACCACAGUGACAUUCACGUCAACAGACAAAUUCAGGUCCCAGGAUGUGACCACGCCAUCAUGAAGAAGACCCAGGUUUGCAUAGAGAGAGGAAGUCUGUGGAAGCCUAACAUCAGCCUGGUUCAUGAGCCAGUCAACGGCUCCCUGGCUGUCAGCUUCAUCCCCAGCCCUCUGUGUAAGGAAUACCUGGUUCUAAUGAGAUGUGACUCCAUCACAGGCAGCACCCGUGUGCUCACGGAGAAUCAGGAGACAGUGAAUGUACAGUUCAAUCUUCACAAAUGGCCAAGAUUCUGCUGCCAGUUUGAUGCUGAGAUUAAACCUUUCUUCCCACAAUGUGGCAACGACUGUCCACGUCAAAGAAAAACUCAUAACAUUUGUCCAGAGUCAACACCUCAGACGCUUCCCCCUACGUACUUGUUUGUUCCCAUUGCAGUUGUUUCCAUCUGUAUCAUAAUGGCAGCAGUGAUGUGUGUCAUUUGCAGAAAGCGCGGUAAUCAUUACGUAGCUACUCCACCAGAGGACAGUGGAACACAGCAGACGCCACUUAACCUACAACCCAAAGUGCUGGUCAUCUACUCCCAGGACCACCACCUCUACAGGGAAGUAGUGCUUAAGCUGUGUGCCUUUCUUCAGGCCAAAUGUGGCACCAGGGUGCUGGUAGACCUGCUGGACUCCUCCUCGGUCAGCAUGGUUGGCCGUCUCCGCUGGCUGGAGUGGCAACGGCAGCAAUUAAACAACCCGUCCGACAAGAUCCUGGUACUGUGCUCACCUGGCGUUCAGGCAAAGUGGAGGGCGAUGUGUGGUCAAGGCCAGGUGAAACUGAAGGAAGAUGUACUUUGCCCCACAGAUGACAUCCUCAUUCCGUUUUUAAAUCUCUUCCUGCCUGACAUGCAUCAGGCAGGCAUGUUGGGCAAGUAUAUGGUGGCUUACUUUGGGGACAUCAGCAGUGAGAGGGAUGUGCCUUCAGUUUUUGACAUUGGAAUCAAAUACAACCUGAUGAAGCACUUUGAGGAACUCUACUUCCGUAUCUUAGACAUUGAGAAAUAUCAGCCAGGUCAGGUCAGCCACAUCGAGGGAAUCGGUGUGGAUGAAUAUUCCAGCUGUGCUUCUGGUAAAGCCCUUAGAGAUGCUAUUGAAACCUUCCAAGCCUAUCAAAUAGAAAAUCCGGACUGGUUUGAAAAGGAGUGUGUUCUCAGUGAAGAGGAAGUCAUUAGUGAAGCCAACCAGCUCAUUGAGCCACUGCAGACCCUUCCUGUCUUUGAGUUCAUCCCUCCUAUCAGAGAUGGCCUUCCAGUCUACAUUCACAACAUUGACAUUAAUGAAAGCUGCAGCACUGUUCACAUCCUUACACCUGAGUUAAACCCAGGGCAGCAGAUGUCUUCAGUGGCAGAGCUUGUACCAGCAAUGAAUUCUGACUGCAGACGUCUGUACGCACCAAGCCAGGUGGAAGUGAUGACAGAAGUCCCACUGUACCACCACAGCACCGGGCCAGAGUCUGCUUAUGUAGCUGAACCUGUUUUCAGGAGCCAGUCUUCUGUCCAACAGAACUGGGUGUCCCUCAGGGAACCAUCCUCUGUUCCAAAGUCUGCGGAGGAUGAUGAAGCUUCUUUGCAGCAUAUGAACAAUUCAGACCAAGUACGUUUGGCUCAACAGAUCUUUCUUGACACAAGUUCACUUGGAUGCCCCAGUUCUGUUGUGCAGAGUGAGAAUAUUCCCUUACCUGAACUGAGCCUGGCUGAGCCUGUGGAGAUGGAGGAGGAUAUUGAGCCAGGUGCAAAACGUUCCAGCAGUGGUUCUGACCAGGGCUACAGCUCCAAAGGAUCAUCCCAACAUGAAACCCCUUUAGAAGAGGAUCCAGUGAAGGCUUUAGUCAGACUGCAGGAGGAGCUUUUUCAGAUUUCUGACAUCUGAUCACAGUGCCACCCCUUCAUCUCCUGCUCUAGCAGACUGUGGUGACUGUCCAGGUGAAGCUUUUUUACCCAAUGCCAAGUUUUUCAGACCCUCAGAGACAUUUAAUGCUCAAAUGUGACUUUUCAGAACAAGCUGACAUACCUGCUCCUGUAAAGCGAAAUGAACAUUUAAUUGCAUUUCUUCCUAGACAGAGUAACGAGAGUGUUGCAUCUUUCACUUUAGGUUUCAUUCUCAUUAACUCUGCCCUGUGCCAAAGUCUCAGUUCCUGCUCGUGACACUGUUUGCUUGUGGUAUUCCGAUUCUGUGUAUCGGAAUACCACAGUAUGCGUACUGAUGAGACAAUCUGAAUGAUUAAAAUGUCUUAAUGUGAUAUAUAUAAAAAAAGAAGAAACCUAUUUUAGGUUCUGAGAAAGUCAGAACAAGAAAUUCAACAAACAGCUGAGCUGAGAGCUACAUGGUUCUGUUCUGUCAGUGUAUUUAUUAUGUUUGGACUCUAUACAGUUGAAAACGGACGUUUUACAUCCACCGAACAAAAAGAUACAAACACAGACAACUGGUAGGUUUUCUUUUUAUUUCAGUCUUUAACCACAUAAAACUCCAUCUUAAACUACAUUAGAUCAAUACAGAUACAGAAUACAGCACAUCUGGGUUGGAGAUAGUAUUGUUAUAGUAUAUGUCCUAUAAUAAUACUAUACUAUGUAUAUAUUACAUAAUUGAUUUAGAACAAUUCUAAAUAUCAAUACUUUACUUAGCACUGAUUUUUAUCAUUGUUGAGCAGAUUGUAUUACUGUUUUUAUGUUGUUUGUGAUGUAUGUAACAUAUUUCUCUUGUAAAUGAGACUGUGAGUCUUACGAGAUUGUUUUCCUGUAUAAAUAAAGGGUAAUGUAAGAAGAGGAAAUGAGCGCUCUGACUCCAGGACUCGUGUGGAUCUGUUCUCUGUUCAGGCUCCUUCAAACAUCCAGAAAUGGUUUUGGUCCUGUCAGGACAUUUUGCUACAUGCAGGUCACAGCUUCACUGCAUUCUGGCUGGCUGGGUCUGGGGUAGAAGUUAUGUGCUGCUGGAUUAAGGGAAUUCAAAUUGCAUUUGUGUUUAAAUGCAACAUAAAAUCUAAUACACUGCAUACAAAAGUGACAGAUGGGCAGAUGACAGAAUCAUUUCUCCACAGGAAUUUUGUCCAACUUUCCUCCAGUUUGAAAUGUUUCACUGAAGGUGAAGACAUAUGUGCAAAUAUUGAGUUGAAACAUAAAAAAAAAAUUCCUUCAGCACUGCCAGACCAUUAAUAUUCCUGUAAAUACAUUCAAAAAACUUCUAGAGCAAAAGUUUUACCAUAAAUCAACAGAAAUCUGAAGAUAGUGAUUUUUAUGGUUCUUUGAUGAAGGAAUCUGAACUGGAACAUAACGUCAUGUAGAUACUGAAACACUGAAACCAACCAGCGUUCGCUCUGGCGUGGCUUCCUGAUGGCUGAACUAUGACCUUAUGUCUUCAUUCAAUUCAUUUGAGUUUAGUUAUUUCAGGUCAGUUGACAACAAUUAAGAAUACAGCAGAGGUCAGACUGCACAACAGAAUGAUGUUACUUAUAUUGAUAUGGUCAGUAAAUGAAUGAAAUGAUUUGCUCUGUGGGAUGACAAGGGCCAGCUGGAGGAGCACCACUCUGCAGUAAUAUUCAAUAAAUGAGAAUAAGGUUUCUGAUGAGACUCAUUUGUCAGAUUAAAUGUAUCUUUAAAAUAACCUUUAAACUGGUAUUAAACAUACUUUUUAUUAAUCCCACAUUUUUGUAUUAUAAAAUGUUUUUUUUACUGGUAUGAUGUAAUAUUCAAAUUUUAAAUGUCAUGUUCUGAUUAACUGUAAAUGGAAAAAUCAUCAUUAUUAUCAUAAAUAAGAGGUGGGAAAGACCAGCCUGUGUGUAAUCAAUAUAGAUAUGUAUAUGUAUAUGUGAUGACGCUCCUAAAAUAAACCAAGUUGUAAUAAUGUUCUAACUUUCUGAAGGGCUCUGUGCUUCCUGCUCCAUGUUACUUCAGAGCAGAGAGCAGUUCAGGUUUGAGUCUAAGCUGAACACUGUUCUGUGGAAAACAUCAUAAAGUGCAUUUAAUGCAGCAAUGAUUCAGAAAUAAUUAUUGUUGUCACCAGCAUAUAAAGGCAUUCACCUCAAUUAUCAUAAAUGUGUGCUUCAGGCUUUGACCUUCACAGAUCUGUCAUUGAAUGACCUCAGUUAAUGGAUGGAUAAAUGGAUUCCAGAAGUGGCUUUAACUGGACUCCACAUGUCUUCACACAGUGUGUGUAAAAUGGAUGACUAUGGUUUCAGCUGGACAGCACUUUGCUGAACAAGGCCAGCAGCGUUUCAGGCAGAUGAGUAAGUAAAACUAGAUUUGGGAAAUUGAUAAAACUGCUUGUCAUGACGAUAAGCCAGCAGCUCAAACCCAGAAAAUAAACCCAGAAUGUUUAAUCUGCUUCUGCUGACCUAGAAGGAGGAAGAACUUUAAAAUUUUUUAAAAAGGUAGACAUGAACGGCACACACUCAAAUUACUCUACUGUGACACUUUAAGGUGCAGCAAGCCACUCAGGCAGGAUCUGAGAUCUGUAACAGAACUAAAGUUAAAGCUGUGAGUCCUUAUGGAGGAAUGUUUCUCUUCGCUGGUCCUUCAUGGAUCCACACAAGGCACCAACUAUCCACAAGUUCAUGUUCAGCAAAAGGCAUUAAAUGUAUCUUUAUUUGCGAAAUAUUGCACAAACUGCCACAACAAGCAGGAUAAGGCAUGACAUUCCAACUUAAAAUAAGACACUAAGCAACAUGUAGAGCACACAUUACCAACAGUUUAUGUUCUUCUGACAUAUUUAGGUCAUUGCAGUGAUAAGUGCCUGAACAGAAGGCAGGUGGAUGGAUGUCUGCUUCACUGCUGAAGACAGCGAAUGUCCUUUUGUACUGAUGGAGAAUCUCAGGUAUUUAAUCCCUUUUGUGGGCAUCAGUGCCCAACAGUAUUAUUUGUUUUUUUUGACAAAUUAUCAUUCAAAAUCACAUUAUUUUCUUAAGCUGGUGUCAAAGCCCACCUGUGCAGAUUAACUGCCUUCUAUUUAAGCUCUUACAUCACUAUUCCACUCUGGUCUUUCACUAAAUGAAAGAGCAAAUGUACUACAAGAGUGGGAUGUAGUGUUGGGGUAAGACAACUUGUUGAUUAUGGCUGAAUCAGAAACCUGCUCUCUCAAUUAGGUUAUGGAGCAAAACCCAAGACUCCACUGUGCAAAAUAAAAGCUCUAUGAUUGGGCAUCCUGAUAUCCGUCCACUGUCUGUGGGUCAUCCUGGUCCAGCAGUCACUAGGUGAGACAGCAGUCUGUCAUCAACCCACAGAUACACACACUAGGGCUGUUGGGAAAGAAUAUUUUAGGAAUCGAGUUUAUCGAGUAAUCGAUAAAACCCAGAAAACUGGACAUUAUGCUGCCAGCACUGAUCAACAACUCACAGGUGGAAGUAAGAGCGCUGCCCGACAUAUAAUGACCCGGCCAGAACUCAGUGAGCUAAAUAAUAAAACGUAGUUUAUCGAAGCAUUUUUCUCGAGGAAUUUUAAUAAUUGAGGUACUCGAAUCUUUCGAGGAAUUGUUACAGCUCUAACAAACACACACACACGCACACACCCCCCCACACACACACACACACGCACACACACACACACACACACACACACACACACACACACUUGUACCAAAUGGCAAUAGAGAGACCAAUUAACAGUCAAGUGUUUGAACUGAAGCUGGAGUAAAAGGAGAGAACACACACACAUGCGUGAACAGAACAUUCAAACUUCCAUGCAGAAAGACCUCAACUGGGGAAUUGAACCCAAGACCUUCUUACCAGAAGGCGACCAACUGCCCACUUGUGCUGCCCUGCAUUCUGACUCUGCCAAAUAAGUGUUUAUUUUAAUAAAAUCACUUUCAUUUAAAAACUUCUGUUGAUUGAAUAUAACAUAUUCACUAGUGAAUAAAUGUACUUAUUGUGCAAAUAUAUCUAUUUGAUCUUCAUUAAUUUUUCCCACCAUCUAGGCUUCUCCUUCAGGGAAAAGUUAAACCCUGACCAGGUACAGCAACAGGUGGGGGAGGAGGAGCACAGCACAGCUUUCUGCUCCACAUGGCUGGAGAAACAUUUGGUCCAAAUCUGGACUUUUAAAGCCAUAAUAUUUUACAACCUUCACACUAGGAACAGCCUCAUGUGUUUUAAGCCAAAGUGAUAAGAUAUGAAGUUGGUGUUUUAUUGAAAUAUUGAGGCUUUCAAGGCACAACCACCAGAAGUUCAAUUUGUGCCAUUAAGUAAACCUCCUGCAGUAACCCAGGUUACCGGCUUCAUGCUCUGACAGGCACUUUACAUUCCAUCACCUUCAUCUGAGAGCAGAGCUGAAAUCUGACGGAGCAGGCGGCCUAUCAGAACCAUCACAUCAGACUGAACUCAUUGCCUUAACACUGUGGCAUCGGCCAUGACAGUGUGACACCUGCAGACAGAGGUCCACUCCACUGAGUCACUAAACUACAGACACACUGUACUCUGGUUCUAACAAAUCAAGCACAAAGCCACAGGAUCAGGAAC